UGACGUCACCAAGGCUGCUGUGUGUAGUGCUGGCUGAAGAGAGAGAAAAAAGCGAGUAAAGAGGGGGAUGGGGAGAGAGUUGUUUUGUGUUGCAUUCCUGCAGUGUGAGCUUGACCUUUGACCUCGUUGUUGUGUCCUCUUCUCCUUGCGUUCCUAAGCGAGGGUGGAUUUUUUUAUGAUUAUUGUCCUGCAGUAAUGCCCGACGCGCUGCUCUGUGCUGCUCGGUUUGCGCCCUGUGCGUGUUUACUGGUUAGCUGCGGGGGAAGCGUACAAAAGACUGGCGCUGUUUAAGGCGGCAGCUAGCAGCAACAGAGCCAUUUAAGGGGGUUCAGUUUCGUUUUUUUGGCACGGAACGAUUCCUUAACGUUUAAACGAGCCUCGCGGUGGGAGAAUAACGUAGGUUUUCCAUCUGAGCGAAGGCGGACAUACGGAGAGAGAGAGGGAGACUACUGGUACUGCAACAAGCUCGCUUAGCCUGCCGUGCUAGCUCACACGUUUUCAUAUCCGCCGACUCGACUCGGGCAAGGCUGCAGCGAGCAAGCAGACGCAUCGGCAAGACCAAGACCGAGGAAAUGAAGGACAAACAGAAGAGAAAGAAGGAGCGCACGUGGGCAGAGGCCGCCCGUAUGGUUCUUGAAAACUUCUCUGAUGCCCCCAUGACACCUAAACAGAUCCUUCACGUCAUCCAGACGAAGGGACUCAAAGAAAUGAGAAGUGGCACUGCCCCGCUGGCCUGCCUGGUCACCAUGCUCCACUCCCAGGUGAGAGGAGACAGAGUUAAGAACAGCAUCUUCUUCAAGCUGCCAGGAAGGAUGAGCCUCUUCACCCUAAAGAAAAAUGCCCUCCAGUGGACAAAGAACCCAACAGCAUCUGAGACCAGUGACCCAACUGGUGCAUCCACAGCUUCAACCACAGGCUCAGUCGGGGCAGCUGAGGGGGUGGAGCAGGAGAGUUGUGACUCCACAGAGACCGCCGCUGCUAGUGGUGAGAAUGAUGCCUCCGUGGACGAGACUUCCUCCAGUGCCUCCUGCUCCACAGAGCCACAGACACGACUGAGUCGAUCCUCACAGUCAGGGAGACAAAGGAAGAAAGCUGUGAUGAUGCCUCGUGUGGUUCUUACUCCACUCAAGGUCAACGGCGAACACGUACCAUCAGGAGCUGCGGGGAGGCGCAGGGAAGGGUCUAGGGGGGGUCCAGGCCCGACACUUCGAGCCCGCUCCGAGCUGGGCUGGAAACGCCCCCAGCACUUCAAGAGCAUGCGUGGCCUUCGCUCAGGGCCCAUGAAGAGGAAUCGAGGUGGUGUGGAAGUAGACUUUGAAACCCCGGGUUCAAUCUUGGUCAACACCAACAUCCGUGCGCUAAUCAACAUGCGCACAUUUGCAGCGUUCCCUCCUCACUCCCAGCAGCAGCUCCUCCAGCUUCUCCCAGAGGUGGACAGACAGGUUGGUCCUGAUGGUAUGGCUCGACUCAGUAGUUCAGCACUGAAUAACGAGUUCUUCACACAUGCCUCUCAGAGCUGGAAAGAAAGACUCGCUGAAGGUGAGUUCACACAUGAGAUGCAGGUUCGCUUUAGACAAGAGAUGGAGAAAGAAAAGAAAGUGGAGGCAUGGAAGGAGAAGUUCUUUGAAGAGUACCAUGGCCAAAAAUCUGGCUUGACCCGUGAGGAGGCAUUGAAGCUCACAAUGAGUGAUGCAGGAGAUGUUGCUGAAGCCGUCCUGGGUGCUGACACUGCUGCUGUGGCAACACCGAAGAGGAGAGGUGUUGGAAGGAGACGGCGGGAGGGACGUAUCAGAAGACGUUCCCGUGCUGACCUUAGACGCAGGGCUCGGCGUCCACUUGGCAAGACUGCUCCCGCGGCAGUGGUUGAAGCAGAACAGGCGGAAGACCAAGCUGCUUCAGAUUUGACAGCCACAGCUGCGUCACCUGUCCCAGAGACAGCCGCGGUCCAAGGAGAGAUUGUCCUUCCAGCAGAUUCAGAACCAGAAGCCACUGCAGAAACCAUUUGUCCAGAGGCAGCCCCUUCCCCUGUCCCUGCAUCCACUCCAGCUCCCACUUCUACAAGCUCAACCUGCGACGAACCCGAAGCUUCCACCCGCCUGCUACCUGAAGUUGUCGAGCCAGCCGUUGCCUCAACCUCCUCUCCUUCUUCAUCCUCUUCCUCAACAUCUUCCUCGUCUUCUCCUUCCUCCUCUCCCUCCUCCACCUCUGAUCGGCAGGGUGCCUUUGCUACCAGCUCCGACUCAUCGUCAUCCUCCUCCUCCUCCUCCUCCUCCUCAACUGUUGCUGUUGCCACCGACCCGCUUGAUGAUGGAGCCUCAGUCAUCACCACUGGCACAGCAGGCACUGGUGCCAGUAGCAGGGAGAGCAGCCCAGCGGCAAGUCCUGCUACAGCCAGCCCCGCCAUUCAGCUCAAGGAUCAGAAGAGGAGACCCGACGAGUCCCAGGCCUACACCAGCUUCCCCGAGAAAAGGGCGCGGCUGGAUGAGCGUCAGUCCUUUCGUAACACAGUUGACUGUGUGCACUCAGAAAAGCCACAGCCGACAACAGAGGAGCCCAAGGUCCCGCCAAUCCGGAUUCAGCUCUCCCGGAUCAAACCGCCCUGGGUCAAAGGGCCACCAACGUACCAAAUCUGUCCUCGCAUCGUGCCCCCCAACGAGGGGUCGCGGCGCAGUGGGACGGGGGCGCGCACCCUGGCGGACAUCAAGGCCCGUGCCCAGCAAGCCCGUGCACAGCGGGAAGCCGCUGCUGCUGUUGCAGCCACUGGGGACGGGGCAGGGCCUGGGGGGGGCGGCCCGGGGGGUGGUACUGGGAUACCGGAUCGCUCCAGCGGGAGGCGUUCGAGAGAGCACCCGGGUCCCGUUGAACCUGGAGGAGGAGGAGGAGGAGGAGGAGGAAGACGAGGAGGAGGAGGAGGAGCAGCAGCAAGAGUUGAUGUGGAGGAACAGGAAUCGCCUGCGAGCUCUCAUUCGUCUGGAGCACAACUACAGCUAUCCAAUAUAGAAACUACAGAGAAGACCCAAGCUUCUACCCCACAAACAGUACCAUCUCCAUCCUCUGUAUCCUCCAACCCGUCAGUGCUGCCAUCUGAGUCACCUAAAACCCCCACACUCUCGCCACCUGAGACAGACAGUCCGGCCUCCCAGGACCAGGUGGAAGAAAUCUGUGGCGUGGAGGAGGUGGCUACCUGCUCCAGUGAUAAAGCCUCUGAACAGACCUUAGACACUCCAGUGCCUACCCCAAGUGAACCAGAGUCUGUAAGCAGUCACCAAGAGGCCAGGGGUGAAGAAGCAGAUUCUAGUGACAGCAGAACAGUGACUCCCAGUUAUACACCAGUGCCCAGUGAAGCAGUAAAUUUGGUUCCCACGUCCAUACCUGACUCACUACCUAGGUUUGGUGCUCAGGGUGUGGAUGUUAACAGAACCUUAGCAGUGUCAUCUCAAUCUUGGGAAGGUAACCAGAAUCAGAGUGAACAUCGUUCUGGCGCUACUGGUGUCAUCCAGCAUGGCUCCGAUGUUAAAGGCUCCAAAGAGACUCAGGUUACAGUCCGAAAUGGUUUUGUAGAGGGUUCGGACGAACGCGCAGUUAGAGAGAGAAUAUUGCAGGAGCAUAAAAAUGGAGAGGUUGAAGCUGAUGGUAAAUAUGGAACAAGCUAUGAAACAUCUCUCCCUUGUCUACCAGAUACGACUAGAGAGGACGAUAAUGGGAUGCACAGUGACUCCACAGAGACAGCGUCAGACUUUGAGAAUGAAACUCAAGAGGAUGACCCAGUGGACUGGCAUAGAACAAUGGACCAUAAUGGAAUGCAGGCUCAGAAUACAAAGUCCCAGAAUCAGCCUGUCAUUCAUACACAAAGUCGAAUUACCUCAUGCUCUUUGAGCCCUCCCCAGCACCAGCAGCCAGUUAUUCAGGCCCAUGUCUCUAACCCUUCCCACAGUCAAACUGUCAUUCAGGCUCGUUUCCCCAAUGGCAUGCCAAACCAGCCAGUAAUUCAGCCCCAAAAGCAACACACAAUCCGCCAUGCUCCAGAGCAAAAUUCCGGUGCUCUUACCCAGGCCCAUGUGCAAUCAUACCUCACACAGGGAGAGAGAGACCAAAGCAGAGCCCAAAAUCUGAAUGAGAACAGCAACGGUGGCAAGCCAUUUAUCCCAGCAGAGGAUGAUUCUAAACCAUUCAGCAGAGGGCCUGCAGAUGAUGCUGGGUUAAAAAACUCUGCUGCAGUUCAUACUGUCAAGAGAAUUCAGAGUUCUGUUCGGCCUGUGUCAUCUGUAGAGGCUAACAACCCUCUGGUUACCCAACUUCUUCAAGGCAGCCUGCCUUUGGAGAAAGUCUUACCCCAGCCACACUCAGUAAGUAAGCUGGAGAUAAAUCGUCUCCCAGGGGCACCGUCAGGCCUGCCGCCUAGCCGACAGCCUGGAGGACAUCUCAGGAACCUGGCUCCCCGGUUCAGAGGACCAGCUGAGACAGGAGGCCCUACGGAACCUGUUGGUCCAGAGUUUCAACACAAAGCCCCUUCUGCUAGGGUGUCCCCAGGGCCUGGUCGGACGUAUGGUCCCUCACCACCCGGCACUGCACAAUCUCGAUUGGCUUGCUUGUUUGAGGAGGCCAGCUCCCGUGGCACAGUUGUUCAGCAGUUCGUUCCCCAGCAACCAGGAGGCACUGCACCUCCUGGUGCGGUACCGGUCAUUACCUCGCUGCCCUCCACCUCCUCUUCAUCUAGGCAUCCAAUGGACAUGAACUCUCAGAGUGCUCCUGGAGCACUGGAAUCGGCUGUUAUCAAAGAGCACUCCACAGCUCAGCCUUCACGGGCUGUAACUCCAGAAAGGCCAGCUGGUUUUCAGCAGCACUCUAAUAAUCUGCCCCAGCCCAUGUGCAGAACCACACCUGAUGCUCCUUCUCCUCCACAUGGUGACCUUUGUCCAUCUGAAGUUGUACCUACUGUUAAGAUCAGCUGGCGUCCAUCUAAACCCCAACAACCCCAACCUCAGUCCUAUCAGCAACAGCAGCAGCUGUCUCAUGCAGCUACUGUGAAGAACGAGGUCUCUACACGCCCCUCCUGCCAGCAAGCUCUCACCAAAAAUUCACAGGCUCCAAUCAGUGGCAAUGGCUCUGUUGUUGUAGUAACCAAAAAAGAGCCUCAGAGCUCCAUGGACAGUUAUGUGAGUGGUGGAGGGAGUGGGGGAGCAAUGGAAGGACUGCUUAACAUGGAAAUGUCUCUUGCAAGAAUGGCGAAAAAAGAGCAAGGCAAAAAUCCUUACGCUCGCCAGACAGACUCCUCAGCCUCUCCAGUCUCCUCCUCCUCUUCCUCUCCUUCCUCUACCUCUGCCUCGUCUCUCCCAUACCAUCUGUAUGGAAAGCUUCCUAAGCUGCAGCAGAGUGGAGGUAUACUGAGUGGAAGCACUGGAGGGUCCUCAUCUGGCUUCAGCUACACAGCUAAUGUGUCUGUGGUGGACAGUAGUGGCUUCUCCCGCAGCAUAGCAGAUAGCGUGCUGCAGCUACGGCCACGUGUUGGCGUCGGGGGCGCUGGAGGCCAGGGCACUACGCUUAGCAUCCAGGCAUUUGCUGACACUGCUGCAGAGGAAGUGGCCCUUAAGUGUUCCUGCCGUCUCAAGGCCAUGAUCAUGUGCCAGGGGUGUGGUGCCUUCUGCCACGAUGACUGCAUCGGCCCCUCCAAACUCUGUGUUUCUUGUCUGGUGGUCAGAUAGUGUGUUACAGCACCUCCAAACUGAGCCUAAAAGGUCAAAGCAAAUGCCUUGGCCUCCACAGACUUUGUCUUCUUGGCCUGUGGUCAGAGGAACUUUUGGACUCAAGUGAGCAAAGAACAAGAGGUAGGAUACAGGCCAGUGUUUUGGUGAUGGUCAAGGCAAAACAAUGGGGCUGGAAGAUGCCCCGCAAGAUGAAAUUCAGUCUGUAUUUUUGCUUCAUAUUUUUUCUAUUGCUGUUAUGAUGGUGUUAUGAUGUGUAUUAUGGUUAUUGAUUAUUAUUAUUAUUAUUAUUAUUAUUAUUAUUAAUGGUAUUACGUGAAUUUACAUGGCACGGUUGAUUGUAGAUUGUGCCUUUUCUUUACACCCCCCCACAAAACAUUUACCUCAUCUACUUGACACCAGUCAUCAGUUCAGUGUAAAAAUGGUGGUGUUCAUGUUUGCGUUUAUCUCUCUGAAAAAGAGUGGAGAGUUAUGUGCGUCUUGUCUUGCAAAGAAUUAUUUUUUUAAAUCAUUAAACAAGCAGAUUACUUUUUGUUAUUUUGUAAGUGCUUCCUUUCCUUUUUUUAUUUUCUUAUCCAAAGUGAAGUCCAGUCUGUACUUGGCGGUUAAGCACAGUAUUCUAAUCUAAUAAAGCUGACACUGAGCAGA